GUUCUUGUACCUUGUACCCCACAAAAGAAAAAUCCCGCUCGGAUAAAAGAAGCACCUUGCUGGCGACAUUAGAUGGCUCAGCUGCUCAGCCAGCUUAGUUUCAUAUCUUCGAAGUCUAGCACAUGCGUAAAGGAGAACCCUCCAUAGCCAAAACUUCUCUAUCCUCUGAUUCAAUAUGUGGAGCGUUGUUUCCAAAUCUCACUGGGGACAACUUCCUUUGCCAGCUCUCAACAGAAGUAAACUAGACUGUAGAAUUGCCGAGGUUAAGAUAAGUGGGAGAACGACUGUAGUCUCUAUGGGUAUGUUAGCACCAAGAAAGUUCUUGCAGAAAAGGAAGAAAAUGGAAGUUUUCAAGGAUGCAGCUGAUGAAGCUGAAAAGAAAAACUGGAGGAGAUUGAUGAAGCAAAUUGAUGAGACUGGUUCUGCUGUUGCAGUGCUAAGAAGUGAAAGGACCAAAAGCCAGACUAUUCCUAGGGACCUUGUUGUUGGUACUCUAAUUAGAUAUAAGCAACUGAAGAGAUGGAACCAUGUCUGCGAGAUUCUUGAAUGGCUCCAGACUCAAACUUGGUGGGAUUUUGGAGAGAUGGAUUUCUUAAUGCUUAUAACGGCUUAUGGAAAGCUAGGGGACUUCAAUGGCGCUGAGAGAAUCUUGUGCUUGAUGAAUAAAAAGGGUUUUGUGCCAAAUGUAAUAUCUCAGACUGCUCUUAUGGAAGCAUAUGGCAGAGGAGGCCGUUACAAUAAUGCUGAGGCAAUAUUUCGUAGGAUGCAGCAUUCAGGCCCCGAACCUUCUGCUUUGUCUUAUCAAAUAACACUUAAAACAUUUGUUGAGGGAAGCAAGUAUAGGGAAGCUGAAGAAUUAUUUUACAGCCUUCUGAACAAUGGAAAGCCACCUUUGAAACCUGAUCAGAAAAUGUUUCAUAUGAUGAUUUACAUGUAUAAAAAGGCUGGAAAUUAUGAAAAAGCUCGUAGAACAUUUGCUUUGAUGGCUGAGCGAAGAAUUGAGCGCUGUACAAUUACUUAUAACAGCUUGAUGUCAUUUGAAACAAAUUUCAAAGAAGUUUCAAAAAUAUAUGACCAGAUGCAAAGAGCCGGUCUCCAGCCUGAUGUUGUGAGCUAUGCCUUACUCAUCAAUGCUUAUGGGAAGGCUAGAAGGGAGGAUGAAGCACUGGCUGUCUUUGAGGAAAUGCUUGAUGCUGGUGUUAGACCAACCCAGAAGGCUUAUAAUAUUUUGCUUGAUGCAUUUUCAAUAUCGGGAAUGGUAGAGCAAGCUCAGACUGUGUUGAAAAGCAUGAGAAGGGAUAGAUAUUCACCUGAUCUUUGCUCAUACACUACUAUGUUGUCUGCUUAUGUCAAUGCAUUGGAUAUGGAGGGAGCUGAGAAGUUUUUCAGGAGAUUAAUACAUGACGGUUUUAAGCCUAAUGUUGUCACUUAUGGAACCCUAAUUAAAGGGUAUGCCAAGUUGAAUGAUCUUGGCAAGAUAAUGGAGAAAUACGAGGAAAUGCAUGGAUGCGGUAUCGAGGCCAAUCAAACUAUUUUAACUACAAUCAUGGAUGCGUAUGGAAGAAAUGGGGAUUUUAGUGGUGCUGUUGUUUGGUUUAAGGAAAUGGAAUCAAAUGGAAUUCAUCCUGAUCAAAAAGCAAAAAAUAUUCUAUUAUCUCUGGCAAAAACAGACAAAGAAAGACAAGAGGCUAAUGAGCUUGUAGGACAUUCCGAUGAAGUUAGCGGUUUAAACGCGGUCAAUGGCUCUGUUCCAGUUGUUGAUAGCAAUAAUGAAGGUGAAGGUGAUCAUGAAAACGACGAGGAAGAGGAAGAAGGUAAUUAUGAAUAUUUUGAUGGCCAGCUAGCCAUGGCAUGUGACGAACAAUCCAGAUGAAUGUUGAUGAUAGACACAUCUUAAUUUUUUUCCUUCAUAUUAUUUUUGAAGUUUUUUUGGUAAACGUUAUAUUUUUGAAUUUAGCUUCAUGUUUUAUGUUAAAAUCAUAUAAGCAAUUGGAAGCCAUUAUUUUAGGUCA